AUUUUAUGCCAUUCUUCUUGCAGGAUAGUGGCCAGGUCACGACGUGAUGCUGGUGGAGGAAAAUGUUUCCUGACUCGCUCCUCCAAAACACCCCAAAGUGGCUCAAUAAUAUUUAGAUCUGGUGACUGUGCAGGCCAUGGGAGAUGUUCAACUUCACUUUCAUGUUCAUCAAACCAAUCUUUCACCAGUCUUGCUGUGUGUAUUGGCGCAUUGUCAUCCUGAUACACGGCACCUCCUUCAGGAUACAAUGUUUGAACCAGAAUGGUUCGGUAGUCCUUGGCAGUGACGCGCCCAUCUAGCACAAGUAUGGGGCCAAGGGAAUGCCAUGAUAUGGCAGCCCAAACCAUCACUGAUCCACCCCCAUGCUUCACUCUGGGCAUGCAACAGUCUGGGUGGUACGCUUCUUUGGGGCUUCUCCACACCGUAACUCUCCCGGAUGUGGGGAAAACAGUAAAGGUGGACUCAUCAGAGAACAAUACAUGUUUCACAUUGUCCACAGCCCAAGAUUUACGCUCCUUGCACCAUUGAAACCGACGUUUGGCAUUGGCACGAGUGACCAAAGAUUUGGCUAUAGCAGCCCGGCCGUGUAUAUUGACCCUGUGGAGCUCCAGACGGACAGUUUUGGUGGAAACAGGAGAGUUGAGCUGCACAUUUAAUUCUGCAGUGAUAUGGGCAGCCGUGGUUUUAUGUUUUUUGGAUACAAUCCAGGUUAGCACCCGAACAUCCCUUUCAGACAGCUUCCUCUUGCGUCCACAGUUAAUCCUGUUGGAUGUGGUUCGUCCUUCUUGGUGGUAUGCUGGCAUUACCCUGGAUACCGUGGCUCUUGAUACAUCACAAAGACUUGCUGUCUUGGUCACAGAUGCGCCAGCAAGAUGUGAACCAACAAUUUGUCCUCUUUUGAACUCUGUGCUUGAAAUGUACAGCAAACUGAAGGAGCAACUGCAUUCAAAAAGAUAUUAUGCUGCAUUGAAAACCAUGGAGCAGCUGGAGAAGGUGUAUAUUCCAAGGGUUAGUCAGUACAGGUUCUGCCAGAUCAUGGCAGAAAAUCUGCCCAGACUGAGGGAGGAAAUCAAAGAGAUAUCAAUGUCAGACCUCAAGGACUUCCUGGAAAGCAUCCGGAAGCAUUCCGACAAGGUUGGAGAGACUGCGAUGAGACAGGCGCAGCAGCACAGGACCUUCAACAGUGCUGUGGCAAAGCAGGUCCACACAGGACACUACAGCAAGCCUGUGUAUUCUCUGAGCGGACGCACACACACACACAUCUCCAACGGCCUGCUGACCCAUGACGACGCUGGAGACGAGGAGGAAGCAGAUGAAGAGGUUCUUACAGCUCAGGACCUGGUGGAUUUCUCCCCUGUCUACAGAUGUCUACAUAUAUACACUGUGCUGGGUGACAGAGAAACAUUUGAGAACUACUACAGGAAGCAGAGGAAGAAACAGGCCCGCCUAGUAUUGCAGCCACAGGCUAACAUGCAUGAGACUGUAGAAGGCUACAGACGAUACUUUAAUCAGAUUGUGGGGUUCUUUGUAGUGGAGGACCACAUCCUUCACGCCACCAGGGGGCUGGUCACCAGAGCGUUCACCGAUGAACUGUGGAACAUGGCCCUGUCCAAGAUCAUUGCUGUGCUCCGCACACACUCUUCUUACUGUGAUGACCCAGACCUGGUUUUGGAGCUGAAGAAUCUCAUAGUCAUCUGCGCUGACACACUGCAGGGUUAUGGUUUCCCAGUGAACCGACUCUUUGACCUGCUAUUCGAGGUCCGAGACCAAUACAAUGAAACACUGCUGAAAAAAUGGGCCGUGGUUUUCAGAGAGAUCUUUGAGUCAGACAACUACAGCCCUAUCCCAGUGGAAACAGAGGAGGAGUAUAAACUGGUGACCAGCCGCUUUCCCUUUCAUGAUCCUGAGAUUGAAAAGCAGGACUUCCCUAAGAAGCUGCCGAUGUCCCAGUCUGUCCCUCAGAUCUACACACAGGUCAAAGAGUUCAUUUAUGCCAGCCUCAAGUUCUCAGAGUCCCUGCACCGCAGUUCAACAGAGAUCGACGACAUGCUGCGAAAAUCAACCAACCUGCUGCUGACCAGAACUCUGAGCAGCUGCUUGCAAAACCUCAUUAAGAAACCACACAUAGGACUGACUGAGCUGGUGCAGAUUAUCAUAAACACCACUCACCUGGAACAGGCCUGUAAAUACCUGGAGGAGUUCAUAACCAACAUCACCAACGUUUCACCUGAAACAGUUCACACCACAAGACUCUACGGCUUAUCCACAUUUAAGGACGCUCGCCAUGCUGCAGAGGGAGAGAUUUACACCAAACUAAACCAGAAGAUUGAUGAAUUCAUUCAGCUAGCAGACUAUGAGUGGAGCAUGGCAGAAUCUGAUGGCCGAGCCUCAGGAUACCUCAUGGAUCUGAUCAACUUCCUUCGUUCUACUUUUCAGGUCUUCACACAUCUUCCGAAUAACAACAAUGACCAUGCAUCAAUGUCGGGGAAAGUGGCCCAGACAGCGUGCAUGUCAGCUUGUAAGCAUCUGUCUACGUCGCUUAUGCAGAUGCUUCUGGAUACAGAACUCAAGCAGAUCAGUAUGGGAGCCAUACAGCAGUUCAACUUGGAUGUCAUGCAAUGUGAACUGUUUGCCAGUUCAGAGCCAGUGCCCGGCUUUCAAGGCGACACACUCCAGCUGGCCUUCAUCGAUUUACGACAGCUCCUGGACCUGUUCAUGGUAUGGGACUGGUCAACUUACCUGGCCGACUAUGGUCAGCCAAACUCCAAGUACCUGAGAGUGAACCCAGCCACUGCGCUGGCUCUGCUUGAGAAAGUCUACAGGGGAAUGAAAGACACCAACAAGAAGAACAACAUCUUCUCUCAGUUCAGGAAGAAUGACAGAGACAAGCAGAAACUGAUCGAGACUGUGGUCAAACAACUGAGGAGUCUCGUCAAUGGCAUGUCCUCCUAGAAUAAAGCAUACAUGUUAUUUGUAUGUGCAAUAACCAGAUAAGAUGAGUGAAACAUGCAUGCAUUCACAUGCACACAUAAAAAAAAAACGCCC